AUGACUCCUCUAAAACGCAAGCUGGACGAGUUUGGCACCUUCCUCUCCAAGGCCAUAGCUGUAGCGUGCAUUCUCGUGUGGGUGAUCAACAUCAGAAACUUCCAGGAUCCUGCGCACGGCGGUAUUGCAGUUGCUCUAGCCGUGGCCGCCAUACCUGAAGGCCUUCCAGCAGUCGUGACCACCUGUAUGGCGCUGGGAAUAAAGAAGAUGGCGCGGCUGAACGCCAUCGUGCGCUCGCUGCAUUCCGUAGAGACCCUCGGGUGUCUAGCCUUGGGAACAAAGAAGAUGGCGCGGCUGAAUGCCAUCGUGCGCUCGCUGCCCUCCGUGGAGACUCUUGGGUGCACCACUGUCAUCUGCAGUGACAAGACGGGCACUCUCACCACCAACAUGAUGUCUGUUAACAAGACAGGCACACUCACCACCAACAUGAUGCCCGUUAACAAGACAGGCACACUCACCACCAACAUGAUGUCCGUUAACAAGGUGCGUGAGUGUGUGGGGCGGGGAAGGGAUGUGGUUGUCUGUGUAUUCGCUCGCUGCCUUCUGUGGAGAUCCUCGGGCACGCUCACCACCAAUAUGAUGUCCGUCAACAAGGUGACUUUUGAGUCGACUCAAAACGAGAUCUGUGUGUGCAGCUCGGCAGCAGGCCCGUUGUGUGAGCUGGACGUGUCUGGAACCACUUAUUCGCCUGAAGGCUCCAUCACUCUUGGUCGCUCGGUGGUGGAGAGGCCAGCCGACAUGCCAUCAGUGCAGCACGUGGCGAUGUGCGCCUCCAUGUGCAACGACUCCACCCUCCAGUACAACGCCACCACUGACACUUACGACCGCAUUGGGGAGGCCACCGAGGUGGCCCUUCGGGUUCUUACAGAGAAGCUUGCGAGUCUGGAGUUCUCAAGGGACCGCAAGUUGAUGAGUGUGCUGUGCAUGAGAGGCGAGGAGGAGAUUCUUUUCUGCAAAGGAGCACCGGAGGCUGUCUUGUCACGCAGCAGCAGAGUGCUGAGUAACGGCGACGGGGAUGUUGCUGCCAUGACGCCUGAGAUGAAGGCAGCGAUCGAAGAGCGAGUGUGCAGCUACGGCCGGCACCAGAUGCUCCGCUGCUUGGCUCUUGCCAUGCGGCCUCUGCCUCAGGGGCAGCAGACCAUCACUCCUGACGACGAAACCGACCUCACGUUCCUUGGCCUGGUGGGAAUGUUGGACCCACCUCGGGAGGAGGUGAGAGCGGCCGUGGAGACAUGUCGAUCGGCUGGCAUUCGCAUCAUUGUUGUUACAGGCGACAACAAGGCCACAGCAGAGUCAGUGUGUCGCCGCAUCGGGCUGCUCAGGCCGCUCUCAGCCGACGCCCUCAUCACCAUCGACCCAUCCUCCCCCAACUCCCCCUCCUCCCCCGCCUCGCCUUUGCUCAAAGCGAGCACCAGUGGGGGAGCGGGAGGGGGAGAGGAGGGGGGUUAUGCAUCGCUGACAGCGGCGGAGUUUGAGUUGCUAUCGCCGUCGCAACAAGCUGCUGCGGUUCAACAACUCGUCCUCUUCUGCAGAGUGGAGCCCAGCCACAAGUCCAUGCUUGUGGACUAUCUCAAACGCCAAAACGAAGUGGUGGCAAUGACGGGCGAUGGGGUGAACGAUGCACCAGCACUUAAGAAGGCAGACAUAGGCAUUGCCAUGGGGUCUGGCACUGCUGUGGCCAAGGGAGCAUCAGACAUGGUGUUGGCAGAUGACAACUUCUCCACCAUUGUCGCGGCGGUGGGCGAGGGGAGGGCCAUCUACAACAACAUGAAGGCGUUCAUUCGCUACAUGGUGUCCUCCAACAUUGGGGAGGUCGUCGCCAUCUUCCUUGCUGCAGCAGUGGGCAUGCCAGAGACGCUCAUCCCCGUGCAGCUGCUGUGGGUCAACCUGGUCACUGAUGGCUUACCUGCUACUGCGCUGGGAUUCAACAAGCAGGACAGAGACGUGAUGAGCAUUAAGCCGCGAAAGAUGGAGGAUGCAAUCGUCAAUGGAUGGCUGUUCUUCCGCUAUCUAGUCAUCGGAAUCUACGUGGGGCUGGUCACAGUGGCUGCCUUUGUCUGGUGGUACAUGUGGUUUGCCGAUGGUCCCAAGAUCACCUGGACCCAACUGGUCACCUUUGACACGUGUGUGGAUUCAUCUGGUCGCCCGUGCGCCGUGUUCCUGGACCCGCGUCCACGUACUGUGGCCAUGUCAGUGCUGGUGGUGGUCGAGAUGUUUAACGCCCUCAACAACCUCUCAGAGAAUCAGAGCCUGCUCGUCCUGCCACCCUGGUCCAACCUCUGGCUGCUAGCAGCCAUCACUCUCUCAAUGAUUCUCCACUUCCUCAUCCUCUACAUCCCAGCCCUCGCUGUCCUCUUCUCUGUCGGCCCUCUCUCCUGGCCUGAGUGGCGCGCAGUGCUGCUCUUCUCCUUCCCGGUUAUCAUUGUGGACGAAAUUCUCAAGGUCUUCUCAAGAAACGUUUCAGCUCAUCCUGCCAAGGCCAAGUCAUCGCGGCCGCAGUGGUCCCUGCUGCCGUUCAGGCGGCCAAAGGAAGAAUCGGGGGAGAACCACACAGCCUGA